AUGGCUUCCUUUUUUUACCAGUAUGGUCACCUACGCCACCGUGUUUUCCAACCCCAGACUAUACCAGAAACCCACCCACCUCCUAGUCUCGACCAGGUUGACUUAACCAUCAGCAUUCGUCUCACAUUCGUUCCCCAUGAUUGCAUAACCAACCAAAUCGGCGACCUCAACAUCAACCGUAUCUUACAACAAGAAACUCUUCGUUUCGAUCUCGACGUUUUGAAAAACCACGACCAGGUUCACCUAACUCUUGGUCCCGCUUUAACAAGACUCGGAGUCAACCCAAUCUCUCGUUUUUCUGUCAAUUUCGCCCAUGAAAUUAUAGAACGUGGACUUGCAUUUGGAAACUUGGCGUCCAACAGAGGGCGUAAAGUCUUGCCUUUACGUGCAGAGUUAUGGGGAACACUUCUGGUACAUGUAAGGGCUAAUUCCAUCAGAAGAGCUUUGACAGAAUGGGCAUCAGAGUUUCAAGCACGAAACUAUGGCAUGGUUCCAGCUAACGAAUCAUCGGUUAAGAAUAUGCUGAAGAAGGUUUGCAUGGAAAUUGGAGACCAAGAUUGCAUGAUAUGUUUAGAGGAACUCAAGGUCGGAUCAGAUGUUUCUCGGAUGCCUUGUUCUCAUACUUUUCAUGGCGAUUGCAUCGAAAAGUGGCUGAAGCAGAGCCAUUAUUGCCCUAUUUGCCGAUUUGAGAUGCUAGCAUAG